GCAGGGAAUGGCUACAUCACGACGCAGACCCUCCGGGAGAUCCUCCGGGAGCUGGACGACAAACUGACGGACGACGAGCUGGACGAGAUGAUCGGCGAGAUCGACACGGACGGGUCCGGGACCGUCGACUUCGACGAGUUCAUGGAGAUGAUGACGGGAGAAUAGAACUCGCUGGCUCUCUCUCGCUCCGGGAAUCUUUUCUUUCUUCAUUUGACGACAGGAUCUUUUGUUUGAGUCGAUCUCUGCGGAUGUUGUCGGUGUGAACCAUCCGUCGGACGACCUGGACUGCCAGAUUCUCCUCUCACCCUCGAUGAUAACCAGGACACAUUUGGCGUGAUCACAUUCUCAACCAUCAGGGAUGUCACAUUUCUCACAGUCUUUCUCUCGUGUUGAUGAUGAUAAUGACGAUGUGCAAUGCAUUUUCCUUGUGGCCGC